GUUAGAAUUUGAAUUUGAGAAACUACUAGUGCUUGAGAAAGAUCUGUUGUUUCUGAAAACUGAUUAGUUAUUAUUAGCGAUUUAUAUUUUGCCAAGCAACAUGAAUUUGAACGAGUUCUUAGUGAACAAGAAGAAACCAAAGGGAGUUAGAUAUACGGCAAAUAAAAGAAAUAGCAAUGCAGUUUAUAGUGUCAAUAAAAUACCCAUGGGUCCACCUCCUACUCCACCUUUACGCAAAAAGUCUACUCCGUCGUCUGAUCUAAUUUGGGGAAAGAGCCAUAUAAGUGUUCCAAACACAACUUCCUCGUCAGCAAAAAAAUCGAGAAGUAGUUCCAAAGUAUCUUCUGAAGAACCAGAAAAUAAAGUCAUUGUUGCGCUGACUGAAGGCCGCGGAGGAGCAAGAUGCGAAGUUGGUAUAGCAGCAGUGGAUGUUACUAGACCACUUAUAGUAUUGUGUCAGAUCUCAGACACCCAAAGUUAUGUAAAUACUUUGACCAAAAUCAACAUUAUUAAUCCAAACGAGAUUUUAGUUCCCACAACCUUUGUUGAUACUUUUACCGAAAACAGAUUAGUUACCAUGGUCAGAAAACAGUUCCCGAAAAUGAAAAUAUCUGGUAUUCCAAGAAGUACGUUUAAUAAAAUCAAUGGAUUAGAAACCUUGUCAAGUCUAUGUGUUCCUGGUUUAAAUGGUAUACUAUUGAUCUUGCAGCAUCGAUAUUAUGCAUUAGCGGCUGCAUCCGCUUUAAUCACUCACAUUCAAGAAAGUUUGUUUAUAUAUUACGCAAAAGGAACAAUUAAAAUAGAAUACCAGGAAUCAGAAGGAUACGCUGUCAUCGAUACUUCUACAGCUGAUAGGCUAGAACUAGUAUGCAGUACAAAACCAGCACAGGCAAACCGAUAUUCCAGCUUGUUUGGCAUUUUAAACCAUUGCUGUACCAAGAUUGGCACAAGAACAUUGCGAUCUUCUAUAUUGAGACCACCUUGUAAAGUUGAAUACAUAGAGGAACGAUUGGAAUGUGUUACAGAAUUGGCGUUGAAUCCUGAAGCUCGCCUGUCUAUACAGGCUCUUCUCCAAAAAGUGCCAAACAUCGACAUGAUCCUUGGCAUAGCCACCAUUUUAUCAAUCGAUCCUGAAAAAUGUUCGAACCGACAGUUGAAUUACGUCCUUCUGCUAAACAGUCUUUUGGACAUGAUCGCACCUCUCAAAGACGUCAUAUCCAAACUGAAAAUGCCAUUUUUUGUGAGGUUGCGAAAAACCCUGGAAGAUGAAGGUUUUGAACACAUAAGGAAGUGUAUAAGGGAGAUGUUGAGUGAAGGUGCUCAUCCUGCAAAAGGAUCUCAAGCCACCAUGCAAAGAUGCUUUGCUAUCAAGUGUGGAAUCAAUGGUCUUCUGGACUUGAUCAGAAAAACGUAUACAGAGAGACUGAAUGACUUGCAAGUUUAUACGAAACAACUUUCAGAAAAAUAUGGCUUACCCCUAACGCUGAGCAGUAAUCAAACUAAGGGCUUUCAUUUCGUUCUGCCUUUGAAAGGACAGCAAAAGAGGACACUCAAGAAAUCCGAUCUUCCUGAUGAGUUUAUUGAAGUUCAGCGAUUAGUUGGGAGCUUCACCAUGAAAACGCCUGAAUUAGUGAAUUAUUCGACAAGAUUGGACGACAUUAUGACUGACAUAUUAAAAAUCAGUGAUGUGUAAGUAUUGUCACAUGUUAUCUAGAAAUGCUACAGUAACUGUUU